CCACGCCCUUUUAUCCUGCGGCAUUUGUUGCAAGCGAGCACAUCAACUUCAAAUUUUGUUGGAAGCCUUCCUCUUUUGCUGCUGUUCGGUGUAAAAAGACAAGUGAUGUCCAACGAUCAGUAUUAUCAGGUCGAGAAGAUAGUGGGGUUCAGGAACAUUCGCGGUGUCCCGCACUACAAGGUCCACUGGCAGAGUUACAGCCGUGACCAGGACUCCUGGGAGCCUGCUAAAAACCUAGCAGCGUGCAGCGUUCUGUUGGAUGAGUACCACGCGCGAAAAGCAGCUGCCUCUCCUCCGAAGACCAGGCGUACCACCCGUCAUUUGGCUGCCACUGGGAAGUCCUCGGCCGAGCCGUUGCCAGAAGAUGAGGAGCUGCCCGUGCUCCGUCGCAGCCAGCGAGCACGGACCCCAACUCACCACUUUGCGAGUAAAAUGGCCGCCACGACUCCCCGGAAACAGCAGACGGCAGCACCACCCACCAAACCCAAGAGCCCCAGGAAGAGACAGCUCCGUCUAGAAAGAAGAAGACACGGACGAAGAGGAAUUUGACGUUCAGAGAAGCGAGUAUGAACUGCGUUCACAUUUUGCUCGGCGGAGGAGCCCGAGGAGAAUUGAGGAGCGCCAUUACUUCCACAGCGAGAUUCCCCAGCCGCGCAAGACCCAGGGUAGCAACGGGAGUGCCAGUGCUGACAACACUACUCUCAGCCAGUUUGGGGGAACUACUGAGGGAGGAGCAGCUGCAGCAGUUCUAUCCAGCGACGAAGAAGAAGAGAGAGGAAGAGGAGGACAGGGGUCGUCGGUGACACCGCAAAUCUCUGUCUACGAGUCGCGGGUGAGGAAGAGACUGAGCACCCUGUCUAGUCUCACCAGGAAGAAGGUGGCAGAGGCUCUUACCGGUCUUGCUGGCAGGAAAGACGAUGAACCAGCCACUUCUCAGAGCAAGUCGGCGUUCCCUCCUCCUGAGGCAUCUCAGCCGGCUGAACCCCCGGCCCACCUCUCCUCCUCCCACCAUGUGUACGAGACUCGCUCACGUUCAACCGAUCCACACCCCACAGAGCCUUCUACCUCGUCCUUUUCUCCAGUCGUCACUCGUAGGAAACUCCACUCCACCACUGUAACCACUGCUGCAGUUCCCUCGGGUCCCAAAGUAAGGGACCAACCGCCAUCAUCAGAGGACUCGUCUACAGACUCUCCUCCUGAUCUGACAGCAUUUGACACGCAGCCACGGGCUCAAAAGACCCCUCCAGUCCUUACCACGACCGAGAAGGUUCCACAGUGGAUGAAGUUUGGUUGGGAAGAGAUGUUUUUCAUCUUCGUUGUCGUCUCCCUCAUCCUCUUUGCCUACUACUGCUUUUACUCUGAUGACUGUUGACUUGGCCACCUUUCCAUAGACAUGUACACCUCCAUAAGGACCACCAGGCCUUCUUACAUCCAAUACUUACACACAUAGGGUUUAUUUUAUUCCACCGUUAUGUACACUUUUGUACUUACACGAGUAUCACUACACUAUAGGUGUAAUUUUUUAUGAACCUGCUGCUGUUGAUUCAUCAAUCGACAGAUUAUUUUCUUUAUGGAUACCAUACACAUUUUUACCAACCAGUCUUUAUUAUGGUGUCUGGAUAUACACUAAUAGAGUUUUUCAUCUGAUGAGCUUAAAACGUGCCCAUUUUGCAGU